AUGCUUCAUACUGUGUCUGUUCGUAAUAAGCCAGCAAGUUAUGUUCUCUCUUCGCCCAAAGUGGUGGAAGUCGCGAGGGCUCAUUACGGGUGCAGUACCAUGCAGCACGUAGAGUUGGAGGAUAUAGGUGGCACGGGGUCUGUCGGCUCACACUGGAAGAUGCGCAACGCAAAGGAUGACUUGAUGGCUUCUGUGAAGUCUGUAAGUUUCUACACUGCCAUCACCAUUGCGGCGAUGGAGGACACGGGCUACUACAAAGGCAACUACCGCAAUGCUGAAAGCAUGGCAUGGGGUAAGAAUGCCGGUUGUGUGCUCUUUGAUAAGAACUGCGUUAUUGACGGUGUGUCACAGGUGCCGGAGAUGUUCUGUGACGAUGAAAUUUUUUUGAUAAGUGACUACAAAUGUACAUCAGAUCGGAUGGGCAUUGGUGACUGCUUAAUAGCGUAUUAUACUAGCUUACCAAUAUAUUUCCAGUACUUCUCCGAUCGGGAAAAAGGUGGAACUGAUCAAUGGAUGGAUUACUGCCCAUACAUAAAAGCAUAUUCAACCUCUAUGUGCUUAAAUGGGAAUACACGAAUGAUGUAUGGUUCUGUGUUUUCAGAAUCUGCGCGAUGCUUUUCAGCCGUCUCGAGCACUCAUCUCCAGAUAAGCAAUGGCAAAAAUAUGCUCUCUAUUUGCGCAGACGUGCAGUGUGACAAGGACACCUCGAGGUACCGUGUGCGCGUGAAGGGUGCCAGUGAUUUCGUGGACUGUCCACCCGGUACUACCCUUGUGCUUUCUGACUACAGUGCUGAGUUCUGGUCUGGUGCAAUCGAGUGUGCACCAUACGAGGAUGUAUGCCCUAAAUCGUUUUACUCCAACUAUAACCGCGACAUUAAUAUUAACGAAAGUAAAAGAUCUUUUUCGGGUAUGACUCCAGUUUUCUAUCACUUGGCUUUCACACUUGUUGCGGCUCUGGCUGCCAUAAUUAUCAUUUUUAUAUAUAAGUGGCGACAACGUCCGUGA